AUGUGGUUCCUCUUGCUCGUGUCGAUCGUUGCGGGUUACGGCGCGACGACCUCAGACGACGGCGAUAUUCAGCUCAGUGCGAUCGUUGGUGGAUCCACUGGCGUGGCGUUCUCGGACAUUGACCGCAUUGUGCUUGGCCAGCAUGUGGAUUCAGUCACAAUCAGAGCCGAGCACCGAGUUACGUCCGUGACUUUACGUGUGGAUACUCCGGCUGACGUCACGCUGUCUCAUGGUGGAUCGAGCGGGACGGAUGCUACGCUGCUGCUUGCCCAGGACGAGUACGUCCAGUCGAUGGAAGUACAUUGGACCUCAGACGGCUCUAACGCACGAGUUGUCUACCUUAGCUUCAGUACGAACGAAGGGCAUUCCGUCGCUGCAGGAACGAUGACUGAUACCAGUAGGACGAUCAGUGCACCUGAAGGUUUUCAGCUUAGCGGGUUCUUUGGCCGCGCUGCAGACAAAGUGACUCAAUUGGGGGCAAUCUGGACGAGAAGAAAUGCGACUAGUAAAGCACUGACAGAUCCAAUGGAAUCUGAUUGGUAUGGUUAUGGGAUUCGGAACUGGGUCGGCCAUCCCAUUGGUGACGCUACGGACUCGGCGUGCUAUCGAAAGAGGGUGGAAUUUGGCAGUGAAGAGUCCUGUCCUCUAGGGUACGACAGCGAUAGCAAGAGCUGUGUGGCACAGUGUCCGAUACCGUACCCCGUGGAAUGUUACGACGAAUGCCUUCCGCAAAACGAUAACUGCGUCGAGGAAAUUCUGAGCAAAACUGUAUCGGUGAUAGCCACAGUGUUCAACACGGCGACAGCAGGAGUCUUUGGCGCGAUGUUCUCCUCGUAUGCAAAUGCAAAGGCGAAUUUCCUGUGCGCUGCGAGUAUCAUCGGUCUGAUGAAGUCGCUUACCUACUUUCUUCGCUUUCACCGAAGGACAGCUAUUCAACGAACAGAUGAAGAGCUACUCGCACUUGCAUAUCAGUCCAACGUGGUGCUGUACUCCAUGCCAAUUGCAGUUGCCAAUUGUCUCGGACAGAGAGUUCCAAAAAAGGCAAAGAUUAUCAGUUACGUUCACGUCGUUAUCGCCAAUAUCGUAAAGCAGACUAUCAUCAAUGGCGACAAAAUCCUCGCAUCCUCUCAUGACGUCAUUGGGAUGCUGAGAGACACCGGGACAAUUAGUUCAACGGACGGGUUACAUGUCGGCGAGCUUCAAGACCUUCUCGACAUGAACUCCACUUGUGGAGACCAGCUCAGAAAUCUCACCGACUAUAUCAUUGCUUCUGUCCAUGGGAUUCGCAACGUGACACCUUCCGCCUCGAUCAAUGACAUUCGUGUCAAAAUGAGUGAGUCACCUCUCGUCCUGAGAGACAUUCCCAUUGCUACGAACAACUGCAUGCGCGAGCUGAUGGUGGGUGAAACGAGAGAAGCUGCGUUUCAAACUCGUGACUUGAUCCGGAGGACGCUCGGAGUGAUCAUCGACCAGCUUGUCGAAACGGAUCAUACGGACUUGGGGAAGUCGGUCUCUGAAGGCGAAACGACUUUGGAGGCGGCUAAUUUAGUGCUCGUUAUCCUUGGUAGCGUCGAUCCGACGCGGAUUAUGUGGAUGCUGUCGCAAUUUGUGCAACCGACUUGUGGGCCCAUGACGUUCAUAGGCGAAGUUGACGAUGGCACGCUGAAUGAUGCUCUUGGGCUGAAGACUUUAGGAGAAGUGUUUGAAGGCAGCUAUGGCACGUGGACGAAGAAAGGUGACGGCACGAUGAACCUUGCUUUCGAGAGUGUCAGCACGAAAGAUGUACAGGUCGCCAUUCACUCGGGUGGGGAGAAAUACGAUAGAGUGAAAGUGCGCGCCGGUGAGACGGUGAAGUGGAAUGCCCUCAUCUCGGUGCUGCAAGACACAGCCUUGUAUCUCGAUUGUUGGCACCGGAACAUGCUCGGUAUACUAUCAAACACAGGUAGCUCACUAGUCUUGUGGAUCCCGCGGUCAUCUCAAGGUGGCAAACUUACCAUGCACGUUCGAGUCAAUAAGAGCUAA